CAAACUAAACGGAAAAAAACAACAUGGACCAAGAAACAGGCAGAACUACGAGAUCCCGACGUGGAGCUGCAAAGUCACCAGCAAAAACGACGCCGCCCAGGGCCACGCGAUCAACUAGAGGGCGAGCAUCAAAAGAAGAGCCUCCAGUCGAACAAGUUGAAGAAAUUGAACAAAUGGACACCGAUCAAAGCGAAGAUCCUACCAUCGAGGCGAACAAAGUGCUCGAACAGCUGCAAAAUCUUUCCGGCAACUAUGAUGAAGAUGAUUUACUAAAUUCUGAUGGGGAUCAACCCACAGGACUCUUGAAUAACACAUCAAAAGCGUUGCCCGACAGCGUUGAGGAAAACAGUGGCACAUUCCCCUUUGCCUCAGAAGAAAUUGACACAUUGCCACAGGACUCUGUGGGAUCCGAACCAAUUACAACUACAACAAAUGACAACGAUUUUGUCGCAAGUUUAGCGGUCGAGGACAACGCCAACAGUUUGCCGUCGGAGAAUUUGAACGAAAUUCACGACACAAGCAGCAGCGACAACGCAUUGGCCGAAGACAUUGCGAACGGUGGAGAUAGCAAUGCCACGGAAACAAAAGCCGAUCCCGACGCAGAAAUGGUUUCCGAAGACGAAUUGCCUCCAGCACCGGAAAAAAUCAUCGUAAAAGACGCCGACGAAGUUUCUGACGAAGAGUUGCCAGGUCCAAAGCUGGCGGAAUUGCCUGCAGACACGGAAGUUGUAUCGGAAGACGAACUCAAAAUGACUGACACGCCAAAAAGAAAGCACGAGGAUGGCGAUAAUGGACACGAUAGCCCAAAAGCGGUCGAGAAAAAAGCCAAAUUAGACUCGACUGACGGGAAAAUGAGCGAAGAAAAGAAAAAGCUACCGGAUCUCGAUAAAUAUUGGAAAGCUGUGAACGAUGACUCCACAGACUUUACAGCGUGGACUUAUUUGCUGCAAUAUGUCGAUCAUGAGAACGAUAUUGAAGCAGCUCGCGAGGCAUAUGAUGCUUUCCUAGCACACUACUGUUACUGUUAUGGGUACUGGCGCAAAUACGCAGACUACGAAAAGCGCAAGGGAAACAAGAAAAAGUGUGAAGAGGUUUUUGAGCGUGGAUUGAAGGCAAUUCCAUUAUCCGUGGAUUUGUGGAUCCAUUAUUUGUCGUAUUGCAAGGAGACGCAAGCAGAUAAUGAAGAGUUUAUUCGAUCGCAAUUUGAACGUGCUUUGUCGGCAUGUGGCUUGGAGUUCCGCUCGGAUAAGUUGUGGGAAGCAUACAUCAGAUGGGAGACCGAAGCCAAGCGUUUGAAAAAUGUCGUCGGGAUCUAUGAUCGAUUGUUGGCGACACCAACGCAAGGUUACACUACACAUUUUGACAAUUUCCAGGAUCUUGUCAACCAGAAUCAAGUCUUGAACCUUAUCUCAGUUAAGGAAUUCAAGAAAAUCCGCGAAGAUGUUCGUGCAAAAGAGGACAAAGUCGAACAAAGUGACGACGUGCCCCCCGGAGAAGAUGAACCCGAUGAUCAUUACCGUAGCGAAGAAGAACUUCAAUCGAUCAAAAACAAGAUCAUAUCCAUUCGCAAGAAGAUUCACAAGGCCAAUGUUUCCGCCGUAUCUGCACGUUGGUCUUACGAAGAGGGCAUCAAACGUCCGUAUUUCCACGUAAAACCCCUCGAACGCAUUCAACUGAAAAAUUGGAAAGAAUAUCUUGACUUCGAGAUCGAACAAGGCAACCAAACCCGUAUUCUCGUGCUGUUCGAACGCUGUCUCAUCGCAUGCGCUUUAUACGAUGAAUUUUGGUUGAAGCUCAUUCGUUACUUGGAAUCGCAAACGGACGAAAAUGCCGUUGCCCGGACACGUGACGCCUACGAACGAGCAUGUACUAUCCAUCAUCCGGACAAGCCAUCGUUGCAUCUCAUGUGGGCCGGCUUCGAGGAGGCACAAGGCAACAUUAAUAAAGCGGCGGAAAUCUUGAGCACACUCGAUAACAAAAUCCCAAACAUUCUCCAAGUGGCAUACAAGCGAAUCAAUGUCGAACGACGCCGAGGUGACUUGGAUAAAUGUGUUCAGUUGUACGAAAACUACAUCAAUAAUGCGAAAAACAAAAGUUUAGCGGCCAAUUUGGCAAUCAAGUAUGCUCGUUUCCUCAACAAAAUCAAGAAAGACAUUGAACAAGCGAUUAAAAUGCUGAAAGGCGUCAUGGAAAAAGAUCCCUCAAACACGAGAGUAGCACUGCAGCUCAUUGAUUUACUCUUGCAACGCGAUUCCGUCGACGAAAAGGAAGUUGUUCAAGUUAUGGAUGUCUUUGUGGCACGCGAAAGUAUCGAACCGGAGCAACGAGUAUUGUUUGCGCAACGAAAAGUCGAAUUUCUUGAAGAUUUCGGAAAAGAUUGCAAGACAUUGCAGGAAGCUCAGAAACAAUUGCAAGCGGCACUUACAAAAGCGAAUGAGGGAAAAAAGAAAUCAGACGAAUCACGUCAAAAGUCAAAGGAUUCGAAUCCACCAUUGCCAGCUGGAUCGGGAUCAACAUAUGCUAGCAACACCCAGGGAUAUAACUAUGGCACGCAGCAACAAGCAUAUUACGGCAACGAUCCAAAUUAUCAGUAUGGCUAUGCUCAGUGGAAUCAACAGUACAGCCAGUCCUACUACGGCGGAUAUUCAGGGUACAAUUACGGUUAUUAAGCCUU